CGGACUUCUGCUUUUAGCCAAAUCUUUCCGUUCACAGUUAUAAGAAAAUAAUACGGAAAUAAUCCAACAUUUUAAUGGUGUAUGUGUUUGAAAGAAACAUGACUUCAUAAGACCAGUAAACUGUUGUGAACCACGUCCAGUAGCAAAUGGAAAAAUGACAACAAUGGCUAAUUUUGCAGGUCAACUGGGUCGUCUCUGGACUGUCAAUGCCCCCUUUACCAUCACAAGAUGUCUGACACAGCUGAGCACACGCAAUCUAUCUGGACUCUGCAGAACUGGAAUGGCACCUUCAUGUUCGCAUAAUGCAGCUACUACCAGAACUAAAAUGUUUCAAAACCUUAGCAAAUCAAAUUUACUUUCUACUACACAAAGCAAUGUGAACACUUCUGGACCUUUUCGUUUCUGUCACACAUUACGGAACAUGCACCCAAAAGGUCCCACACCCAGCUUGCUGUUGGCGUCCGAGUUGAGAUAUUCAAGGACGGUGCAUAGAAAUGGAUUUUUGGCUUUGUUUGGAAUGAGAACAGCAUCGUUACAGUGUCGACGUUUGAUUUCCAGCGGGCAGAGGGAUGCUUGGAAACGACGCAAUCGUUCAGGGAUGCUCUAUGCAACAGCUAUGGUUGUUUUGGUUGUUGGUUUUUCAUAUGCUGCUGUACCUCUCUAUUCUGUUUUCUGUCAGGCUACUGGCCUCGGGGGUCAGAUCACACAGGGUCAUAACAUUGACCUAGUUGAAGACAUGGUACCCGUCCGCGGUCGGCCAAUAUCCAUCCGAUUCAAUGCCGACACAGCAGCCAGCAUGCAGUGGAACUUUAGACCACAGCAGUUGGAAAUCAAGGUUGUGCCAGGAGAAACAGCCCUCGCCUUCUACUCUGCACUCAACCCCAUGGACAAACCAAUUACAGGCAUCUCUACUUACAAUGUGGUGCCGUUUGAAGCGGGACAAUAUUUCAACAAGAUCCAAUGCUUCUGCUUUGAAGAACAGAGAUUGAACCCACAUGAGCAGGUUGACAUGCCAGUGUUUUUCUACAUUGAUCCUGAAUUUGCUGAGGAUCCUAAGAUGGCCAAGGUUGACACUAUCACUCUCUCCUAUACAUUCUUUGAGGCAAAGGAAGGACUUGUCUUGCCCGAUCCAUUCACCAAGCCAAAUGAAGUGUCAACAUGAUACCCACACAACCCAGUCACAACACAAAAUUAGAUUAUUAAAGGCAGUGGACACUAUUGGUAGUUACUCAAAACAAUUAUUAGCACAAAACCUUUCUUGGUGACAAGCA